ACUGACAUAGCGUGACACACUUGUUGUUGUUCGCAAAUACACUACUACACACGCACACUUCUUGUUCUAUUCUCACGCGUUAUUGAGCCAAUUGCAUUCUAAAUCGAAUAUUAUCCACAUUUUAGACUGUUGUAUCAUAUCUAUUACAUCCUAAGUCACGGAAACUUACUGGAGUCACAUUUACCUCAUCGGAGUUAUUGCUCAUUCAUAAUUUUGGAUUUUGGUGCCAAAAACUCAAAGGAAUACGCGACAACUAGCUGAUUUAAAUUGGGGGGCAACUUGAACGUGAUUCGUGCCGGCCUUGAAGGUUUUGGCCCUCAUUUAACCCUCGUACCAAUGUCUAAGAAGAAAGGCGAUGUGCCAAAAAAAGCUGUUUUGCUUGGGAGGAUCGGUACUAAUCUGAAAUGUGGUGUAGUUGGCCUCCCGAACGUUGGAAAAUCUACAUUCUUCAAUAUUCUCACUAAAAGUCAAGUCCCCGCCGAGAAUUUUCCAUUUUGCACUAUUAAUCCUAAUGAAAGUCGUGUUGCAGUUCCAGAUGAAAGAUUCGAUUGGCUUUGUGAAUAUCACCAACCUGUUAGUCGAGUACCAGCUUACUUAAAUGUUGUUGAUAUCGCUGGUCUAGUUAAAGGCGCACAUGAAGGACAAGGUUUGGGAAAUGCAUUUCUUUCGCAUAUCCGCAGUGUUGAUGCAAUUUUCCAUAUGUUAAGAUUAUUUGAAAAUGAAGACAUCACUCAUAUUGAAGGUGAUAUUGAUCCUGUACGUGAUUUAGAUAUCAUUGAUGAAGAAUUACGUCUCAAAGAUAUUGAAUAUGUUACUAAAGAGUGGGAGAAAUGUGAAAAAGUAGUUAUUCGAGGCAAUGAUAAAAAACAAAUGCCUGCUUAUGAGUGUCUUACAAAAGUUAAAAAUAUGUUAGUCAAUGAUAAACGAAAUGUUCGUUUCGGUGAUUGGACUCCAACUGAAGUGGAGAUUCUUAAUGAGCACUUAUUUAUCACAUCGAAACCAGUGAUUUAUUUGGUUAAUAUGUCAGAGAAGGCAUUUUUAAAGAAGAAAAGUAAAUGGCUACCAAAAAUCAAGGAAUGGGUUGAUGAACAUGAUUCCGGUGCAGCGAUUAUUCCUUUCUCUGCUGAUCUUGAACAAAAACUCAGUGAAAUGUCACCAGAAGAAGCUGGGGCUUAUAUGAAAGAAAAUGAAUUCACUACCAUGUUGCCAAAAAUUAUUCGUAUCGGUUAUCAAACAUUACAAUUACAAUAUUUCUUCACAUGUGGUAAAGAUGAAGUUAAAGCGUGGACUAUACAGAAAGGUUCAAAAGCUCCUCAAGCUGCUGGUCGAAUACAUACAGAUAUGGAAAAAGGUUUUAUCAUGGCUGAAGUUAUGUCAUAUGAAGAUUUCAAAGCAGAAGGUUCUGAAGCUGCUGUCAAAGCUGCUGGCAAAUACAAACAGAAAGGACGGGAAUAUAUUGUUGAAGAUGGGGAUAUUAUAUUGUUUAAAUUCAAUGCUGGUGCCGGUCUUCAAGCGAAGAAAAAAUGAUAUUUGUUGUGUUAUAUAGGCCUAAUUUAUUUUCACUAACUUUAUAAAAUGAAAUUUGAUAUUACCUUGGAGUUGCGUUAAAUUUCGUCUGUAUGGGAUAUAUACAUAGCUUUUAAAUCUUACCACAUUAGUUUAUAAGUCAUUAGGUUUGUUGCCAUCGUUACGUGUUCGGCAAUUGGAUACACUAAAGUAGUUGAUGACAUGUCAUCUUAUCUAGCGCCCCCAAGUAUUUCUAGGCUGACAUUCGCUUCUCAACUGCCAGUGUAAAACUGUUAGGGUUACCAAGAUGAGACGCUGAAAGUUGUAUAUGUGGCUGACUGCUCUCGAAAUCGUUCACUAGAUGUCUUCCAGAUAAACGGUUCUUCCGUGUGAGAGCGUACUCAUCUUUCAUAAUGUAGACACUAGCCAGAGAUAUUCAAUUCUACUGUAGCUUGGAUUGACGGGUAAAUUGCGGGAGUAGUUGUGACGUAAUGACAAAAUGGUGAUAGUGAAGUUUGUUUUUCUGUGACAGCACCUUUUAAUUAUUUUUACGUUGUACAUGCUAAGUUUAUUUCCAUCCCAGCCUAAAGUUUGGAGUGGUGGUUGGAUACACGUCUAGAAAAACGAGAACAGUCAUAUAUAGAGUACUCCUUUCGUCUGCUAAUAACUCGAGUUGAUACAUAGUGCACAUAUGCGUGAUUAUAACUCACUACCUAUAGUGGCAUAAACAAUCCUGAUUCAAUUAGAAACACUAUGAAUGAGUCCUUUGCCAUGGUCGCAUCCUCUCGUUCAAAUUUAGAUUUGUCUGCAAUGAUUUCAACUUGCUAAACAUUAUUAGAAGGAUAUUGGAGUAAUACCCUUUAAAAAAGGUUUAUAUGCUUAGACAUGCAUGGCUGGCAGAAAAGAAUGCACUUGCCAAAUAUUCACACUAUUCCGAACUUCAUGUUCUGUCACGACGUUGCUCUGACAUACAUUGUGGUCGGUAAAAUGUUGCGUGACAAUGAUCAUAAGACUUUACCAUAUCUUGCGAAAUGUAAUCUAUCCGAAACGAAAACAGAUUUUUCAAUGUAGAGGCUGUAUCUGCUGGGAGGAAAAAAUGUCAAAUCCUAACAGAGCACUCUGAUUGGAGCAAAUUUUUAAUUAGUGACAAACGGAAACAAAGUACGUUCACUAUUACAAAUAAAUAUUUAGUGGACACGUUUCCCCUCACAAGAACUAUUUUUAGGAAAAUAACUCCUUGUAUCAGCGAAAACCAAGGCAAAGCUACGAAAACAUAAACGUGUUUGGAAUUAAUGGACGGUAUUGUCAUGCAUCAAACUGACGUUUACUUGUGCAUGUGAGAAGUCGGUAUGAAAGAUAUGAGCAACCAUCAGUAUGUAGCGGUAAAUAAAUCCCCAAAAUAAAAUAGCUCUGUAAGUUUUGACGUUGGAAGCUGACCAGAUUAGUUUUAGUGGACUCAUCUAGUUGAAGGCAGUUGGUCAUGCAUCCGCAAUCGCUAGCCAGAUUAGAUCAGGCAAUUCCGAUAUAUUGGUUAUCGCCAAAUACACUCUUCCGAUCUCCUCG